CGCUCGCCCGCCCGCCUGCCUGCCUGCCCGCCCUCCUUUUCCUCCCUGGCAGCCUGCGGCAUUGCACUCAUUUCCGUGCUUGAAUUCUCCCCUCCCUCGCCCUCCCUCGCCCUCCCUCGCCCUUCCUCGCCCUCCAUCGCCCUCCCUCGGCUUGCUCGCUCCCCCUCGCCUCCCUUUCCCUGCCGGAUGUCUUCCAACCCGCCGGGUGGCGGCGGACCACCUCCCGCAUCUGGCAGCGGCGCCGGGCCCCCGGCCCCCGGAGGCCUGACCCUGCCGCCGUCGAUGCAGCACCCCCGCGGCCGGGCCUUCCCGGGGCCGCACCUGCACCCGGUGCCGCCGCAUUUUGGCCGGCACCAUCCGCCAUCCGGGCACAUGGCCGCCCCCUCGCCGCAAUUGCCGGCCAUUGUGAAGCUGCCCCCGCCGCAGGGGGCCGCCCCGCCUGGGGCCUUCCUGCCGCCGGUGCCCGGGGGCGCGCCGGUCCCGCUGGUGUCCCUGCCGGCCGGCCAGUCCGGCAUCGAGCUUCCCGCCCCGGGCGUGGGGCCGGCGAUCGAGCUCCCCCCGCCGGGCAUCGGGCCUGGCCCUCGGCCAGUCACGCCGGGGAUUUCCCUGCCGGUGGUGGCCGGCUUCGAUUCGACCGGAGCCGGCAGCGCCGCCGCUCCUUCCCAGGGCCCUCCGGUGACGGGGCCCCUCCCACCGCCGGGCAUGCCGGGCAUCCACCCGGGAGGGCUGCAGCUGCCCGGGCGCCCGGGGGCUUGGACCCUGCCGCCGGCCCCGGCGGACCCCGGGCCGCCGCCCAACUACGGCCCCAGCCACGGGCCAAGCAUGGUCGAUUACGGCCCACGGCCGGGGGCCGCGAUGGCCACCCCCGGGUCGCAUGAGCCCCCCAGUUCGGGAGUCACCUUCGUGGGGUCGUCUGCCUCGGCGUCGGCGGCCGCGGCGGCGGCCGUGCCCGCCAGCGCCCCGGCGCCUGGCACUUCGGCUGCCAUACCGCAGAUUGCCGUCGGGCCGCCCCAAUUGGCGGCGCACCUGGUCGCUCGCGAGGGGGGGCUUUCCAGCGCCGAUGCCCUGGCAUCCGGCGGCAUGGCGGCCUCGUCCGGGUCGCUGGCGGCCGGGCCCGGCGCCGCAGGCCGGCACCUUUUCCAGCAAUUUGCCCCGGACACGGGCCCCUCGGAUGCGUCGAUGUCCACCACGCGGGGCCUGCGCCUGGUGACCGAGCUCGAGACGCAGCUCCAUUCCGGGGUGAUCGCCGUCCAGACGACCGCCCUGUCGCGGCUGCCCGGGCUCCUGGCCACCUUCCCCCUGGCGGAGGUGGUCAACACGGCGGUCCUGCGCCUGGUGGACUUCUUUUGUGGCACGCGGUCGGUGGCCCUGCGCCAUGCGUGUCUCGGGGCCGUGCGCACCAUGGCCGCCACCGGCUUGCUGGGGCUCAUCCUCAACAUCGAGGAGGUGGUCACGUCGCUGACGCACGAAACUGCCUUCGGCAUGGAUCCCGCCGCGCGGGCCCUGACCAUCCGCAUGGUGUCCGAGAUGGCCAGUGUCCUGGCUGACCGGGUUGAAAUCCACAAUGUCCUUCGCGAGACACUGUCUUCGUCUUCGGAGUCCUCGACCACAUGUGACUUUCGUGUCUUCCAAGCCACCAUCAGUGCGGCCGACCGGGUGGCCGCCCUGUCGCCGGUCUUUGCCUCGAGUAUUCUCGAGAAAAUUGUCACUCUCCUCCAGGACCUUCGCCACCCGGCGAGCAUUCGUGUCUCCCUGAUUUGCCUGCUCAAACACAUGUGGCCCUCGGAGGCCGACACCGACCAGGCUGUCCAUCUGUGCUUUGCGGCGAUGCGCGCAUCGCGCUUCUCCUCGGCCCAGGACGUGUCGCUGCCACUGAUCGAGGCAUGCAUCGGGACUCUGUUGAGCCUGGUCCUCCGGCUGCCGGCGCGCCGCCCGGCCCUGUUCCAGGUCCUGACCGCCUGGGCUCAGACGCUGCUGCUGGGCCGGCGCCAGGCUGACAAGGCCCACCCCGCCGAGGACCUCCUGGCGGUCCCUCUGAGCACGGUGGACCUCCGCCAGGAGGGGCCGGCCAUUCUGCUGGGGCAUGUGCUGUCUGCAAUUCGUUCACUGGUCAGCCAGGGCCAGGAGCUCCCGGUGGAUGUGUGUCAGCAUAUGCUUGCGACACUCAUGCAGCGCGGCCCGGUGUCAGUCUGCGCGCCGAUCUGCCAGGUGCUGAUCGCGGCCAUCGAUACGGACCAGGACCGCCAUUUGGAGGCUGUCUUCGGCGAGCCCGAGCUCCUGGCCGCGGUGGUGGGACUGGCUUGCUUUGAUGAUCGCCAUGUGCCUGCCAUGCGUCUGCUGGUGGUGGCCAUCUUCCGCCGAUAUCACCUCCCGGGCGAUGCGGCCUCUCUGGCGACACUGGACAGCUUGGCAGACAAGCUUCUCGCCUCGUUGCGAGCCCACAUGUCCCCGGCUGAUGAGGGCCGCGAGGCGGUAGCGGACUUGAUGAUCGCCUCGGAGACGGUCGAUGCAUUGGAGUUGCUGGGUCGGGCCGAGCCGCGCGCAGUCCUGGGCGCCCUGGUCGAUGGGACCAGCCUCAUCGUCAUCCAUCUGACUGUGGCCUCCGUGCUCUUUGAUCGGCUCGAGGACAACACGACGUCCCGCGCCAAGAUGGCCAUCCUCCUUCAGCUGCAACACUGCCUUGCAGCGUGCCUGGGCUCGGUGGAGACGCUCCCACUGGACUUGGCCCCGGCCAACCCGACGCUCGGCCCGAGCACCAUGGCACUGGAUCUGAUGGAUCGCCUGUUGGAGUUUUCCCUUGCGCAGCCGGUCCCUGCCGGAGGCCUGAGUGCACUGUCCGGCGCCAGCCGGUGCAUCGAGCUGCUAGCCACCCUUGUGCUGGUUCUUGGGCGCUUCCCCGGGCUGUAUGGACCCGCGGAGGAGGCGCGCCUGCUGGCCGUGGCCGGGCGGCUGUCCAGCGGGGACACGGCCCUGGCCAGUGGUCUGGCCAUGGGGACGGAGGCGGAGGAGGCGAGCGCCCCGGGGGGUGGCAGCACGCGCGUUGUCUCCCCGCAGGUGGUUUUCCAGGCGCCAGGCCUGGCCUUCCUGUUGUGCACGGUCGAGCGCAUCGCCGGGUUCUGCCUGCGCACCGGUCGGGCGGCGCCACUGGCGCUGCGUUUCUUGGCCGCCCUACCGACCAUCGACUUUUCGCAUGGGCUCCUGCACCGGGGGCCGGCCUCGUCGUCGGACAUGGACAGCCGGCGGCCAGCUGGCCUGACCGGGUCGCACAUUCAGACAGCCGCCCCUUCGGAGGUGCAGCAACUCUCUCGCCGCCUUCUGGUCCUGCUCGCGGGCAUUGCGGCCACAGCACUGCGUGCACUCGCCGAUGAGGAUGCCGGUCUGGCAAAUGUCCCCUUCGGGCUGGUCCUGAGAGCGCACGACGAUGCCCUGGUUCUGGCCCGGACGCUACAGCGGUUUGACCAGCUGGGCGGCCGAGCCGCCUCGCUGGAGGAGGACUUCUCCCCCUCCAUUCGCUCGCAUUAUCGCUUCCUCUGCAACUUCCUCCUGCUUCAGUCCCGUACUUUCGCCUGCCUGCGUCAACUGCAGCAGCUAGCCUCGCUGGCCGACAGCGUUGAUGUCGACCGGCUGCACGCGGUGCAGGCCGAGCAGCUGGCCGCGCACCUGGCCCUGCUCUCGGAGGGCCACCUGAAGCUCAUCCGCCUUCACUUCGAUCUGGAUUCCUUCACGCAGGCAGAGCUUCACCGCCGCUCGAUCCUUUUGCACAUCCUGUCGAAGGCCAUUCGCAGCCGCGACCCGGAUAGCCUUUGCCUGCGGUCGGCACUCGGGCUCCUGGGCCAGCCACUGUCACAAGCCCCCCCGCCGAUGGAGGAGCCGGAUGCCACCAUGAGUGAUGCCUCAAACGCGGAUGGGGAUUUCGACUUUGCCUUUGGCUCGGACGCCACGGGCGGGCUGGAUGGUUUGCUAUCCCUGGCGGGAUGCGGGGGCUCCCCCUCGAUGGAGGACGCCCCUGCUCCGCGGGUGCCGAUGCAGCAUGUGGCCGCAUUUGCACGGGCACUCCUGUUGCACAGCCCGCUCGGCCUGCCGGCGUAUGUCCUGCAGCUGCUGAGCUCGGAAUUGUCCGGUGGCCUGUCCGGCCGCGCGGGCGACUCGACGCAGUGCUUGCUCCGGGUGCUUCCGACGUGCCAUGCGACCGCACCGGCCUCGCCGGCCUCCCCGGACGCCGGGACAAUGGCGCCGAUGGAGAUCCACAUGCCGGAGGACUCGCAGCUGGUCCUCAAUGUGGCCAUCCAGGUGACCCCGCCAUCUCGCCGGGACUCGGCCACCCUGGAGCGCAUCCUCUGCCGGCACCUGGCCCUCGAUGCCGGGGCCCAGGGCGCCGGGCGCGAGGGGCCUCGGCUGGGCAUUGACUCCUUCGAGAGCUGGUCGGGGGCCUCCUCGAGCGCCGCACUCGGCACCCUGGUGUCGGAUGUCGGGGCGUCCCCGGGGAGGGGCCUCCCCGUGGCGGGUUCGGCCGCCGGUCCGCCGGUGGCGGCUCUGGUGUGGUGUGUGCCGCUGAGUGGGGACCUGGCCGCGACCGAUGGGCGUGAUUUGGGCGACCCGCACUUCCGGGCCCCGGGUCCUGGCGGGCCCGGGCCGGCGGACAUCGACCUUGUGGACUUGUUCUCGGCAUCCGGCCGCAUGGCGCGGGUUGUUCCCCUGGCCGGAUCGAGCGCGCACGCCACCGACAGUCGGCCUCUGGACCUGGCCACCUCGGACGAGCUCCCCCCGGUGGCGGGGGUCUCUUCCGGCUCGGCGGCCCGCCCGGUGCUGAGCCUGGCCGGCGGCCAGCCAAGCAGCCCGGCCAGCCAGACGGCCCUGCGUGGCACGCGCUUUGCCCAGGCCUCGUUCACUUUCGCCCGGGGGGACCUGUUUGUCGGGGGCGCCGAUGCCCUGCCGCCCGUCGAGUCGGCGGACCUGCCACUUCUCCUGGACCCGGCUGCGCAAUCCCGGCGCCGCGCGCGGCAUGAGCCCUCGCCGGCGUCCGCCUCCUCGCCGGCGACCGUGGUCAGCCUCUUCGAUCCCGGGCGCCGGCGGCGGCUGCUGGUGUCCGCCCUGUUGGUGGACCCGGCCGGCCGGACCUGGUUCUCCGGGUCCUACCAGCUGGUGGACAUUGUAUCCCACAAUUAGACACAUCACGUGGCUCGAUCUGCCGCUGGACCUUCCUG